AUGUUUGACAUUAGAUACUUGCAAUGCUUCGCGACGUUACGUGACUUUCCGCGACUUUCUGCGACUUUCGUCCGCGUCUUUCACCACAACUCCGCGACCUCCGGAUCCAGGAGAGGCCUCCGACGCACUCCCUCUCGGCUACGCUCACGGAUCACGUCCGUCCGUCCGGAAGUGAUUCAACGAUCCGCCCCCGAAGCGGCGUGGGGCUUUGAAGACGGAAGGGACUCGUUUCCCAUCUUCAAAACAAGUUCUUGGCUGGCUGAUCUGGAGCCGCACGCGGGGACCUGUGGGCUGGUGCCACGUGGCAGCACCUGCAAGACCGAUGAGCCGAGCAGCAACAAAUUGAACGGCAUGCACCUAAAGCUAAACGCCACUGAAGGCAGCAGCAUGGUGCCAAGGAAGAAGAAGAACCAGUCGACAACUCGCACUUCGUUGCUAGUCCGUCUGUCGCCCCCCGCCCUCGCCCGGUCCAGGCCAGCCCCCUGGGACGCUGCACAACCGCCUCCGAUGCCCGGUUUGUUCUCUGGAGUUUUCUUCCAGGGCGGAAGAGGAUAUCGCCACUUGCGUGACACGUGUCUGGACCGCUCCACCCCUUCGAACAAUCCCUGGGCGCGCCUGGCGGCACGCCGCCUGAUCUUGCAUUGCCCCAACUAUGACCUCGACCUGUGCGCGAUCACGCCGCUGCUCGCGUACCUGCGCGCGUGCGACCUGGCGUUCGUUUGCUUGAAGUGCGCCGCGCGCUUCACCGCGGCCGCGGCGCGCGACGCGCAUCAAACCGCCACGGACCGCAGCCUGGACCGGGACCGCAGCCCGGUAGGAAGUCAGAAAACCGGGUCCGCAGCCCGUGAUGGAGCGUGUCCGGCGUUCUGUCAAGAAGUGACUUCUAGUUCCGGCCGCCGAAGCCGCGUGGGGCCUCGAGGACGGAAGGAAGUGUCCCAAAUCUGCGAGGAGAAGUUCCCGCUUGGCUACCUGCAGACCUCCUGUGGGCUGCCGCCAUGUGGCAGCACCUGUGGGGCCGUUGGGCCGGCCGAGCAGCAGCAAAGUGCACGGCAAAGCAAUGGAAACGGAAGAACCAAGCGCCUCGCGCCACUUCGUUCUUGGUCCGUCUGUCGCGCCCCACCCUUGCACGGUCUCCAGGCCAACCCCCUGCUGGGAGGCUGCACAACCGUCUACCAGUGCGCGGUUUGCUUUCUGGACUUCUCUGCCGGGGCGAAAUUGAUUGCCCACUUGCGAGACACGUCUCUCGAAAGCUCGGACCCCCGGUAUUAUUCCCUGGGCGCGCUCGCGCGCCGCCUCACCCGCGACCUCGACCUGUGCUCGCUGAAGCCGCUGCUCGCGCACGUGCGCGCGUGCGACGUGGCGUUCGUUUGCAGGAAGUGCGGUGAGCGCUUCGCCGCGGCCGCGGCGCGCGACUCUCAGCAGGCCGCCGUGGUGCGGUGCGCGGUCCUGAACGGUAGUCGGGCGCGUGCGGGCCGCCUCGGGGGCUCUACUGGUGUGACCCGAGGCGCGCUCUCCUAA